AUGGCUUCCCAGGGCUACAAGACCUCCUUUUCUUCUGGUUCUCUCAAGGGUCUGUGUGGGGCAAGUGGGGGCUCCACUCGCAUAUCCACCGUGUACUCCAGCAGCUCCUGUAAGCUCCCUAGUCUUUCUCAUGGCGGCCGGAGCUUCUCCACCUGCUCUGCUGGCUUAGGCAGACCCAGGUGUAGGACUGCUAGCUGGUUGCCUUCUUUCUGCCCUCCCACUAGUGGGUUCUCCUCCAGCUAUUCUGGGGUUGGGGGCUGGUUUGGUGAGGGUAUCCUCAAUGGCAAUGAGAAGGAGACCAUGCAGUUCUUGAAUGACCGUCUGGCCAACUACUUGGAGAAGGUGCGGCAGCUGGAGAAGGAGAAUGCAGACCUGGAGGGCAGGAUCAGAGAGUGGUGUGAGCAACAAGUCCCUUACAUGUGCCCUGAUUACCAGUCCUACUUUAGGACCAUCGAGGAGCUGCAGAAGAAGACUCUCUGUACCAAGGCAGAGAAUGCCAGGCUGGUGGUGCAGAUCGACAAUGCCAAACUGGCUGCCGAUGAUUUCAGAACCAAGUAUGAGACAGAGGUGUCCCUGCGCCAGCUGGUGGAGGCUGACAUCAAUGGCCUGCGCAGGAUCCUGGAUGACUUAACCCUGUGCAAGGCUGACCUGGAGGCCCAGGUAGAGUCCCUGAAGGAGGAGCUGCUCUGUCUCAAGAAGAAUCACGAGGAGGAAGUGAACGCGCUGCGCUGUCAGCUGGGCGAUAGGCUCAACAUCGAGGUGGACUGUGCCCCACCUGUUGACCUGAACCGAGUGCUGGAUGACAUGAGGUGCCAGUACGAGACGCUGGUGGAGAACAACCGCCGAGACGCUGAGGACUGGUUCAAUACCCAGACAGAGGAGCUGAAUCAGCAGGUGGUGUCCAGUUCCGAGCAGCUGCAGAACUGCCAGUCAGAGAUCAUUGAGCUGAGACGCACCGUCAACUCCCUGGAGAUUGAGCUGCAGGCCCAGAACAGCCUGAGAGAUGCUUUGGAAUCGACCUUGGCAGAAACUGAAGGUCGCUACAGUUCCCAGCUGUCCCAGAUGCAGUGCAUGAUUGGGAACAUUGAGUCCCAGCUGGCUGACAUCCGCUCUGACCUGGAACGCCAGAACCAGGAAUAUAAGGUUCUCUUGGAUGUCAAGGCCCGGCUGGAAUGUGAAAUUGCCACAUACCGAGGCCUUUUAGAGAGUGAAGACUGCAAGCUCCCCUGUAACCCCUGUACCCCUGAUUUCUCACCCUGCAAGCCCUGCCUCCCCUGCCCCACAGCUGUCGCCUGCAGUCCCAGUGUGCCCCGCACAGCCUGUGGACCACGUAUGGUCUGUGUGCCCUGCCCUGGGGGUCGAUACUGAAGUCAGGCUGCUCCAAGAAUCUUCAGGAUCCUUGAUUUUCGGGUAUAUGUUCGAUAGAAAAUGCUCAACCACAAUCCUACUCUUGCAGGGGUGUAGCACAAAGUUCUUGGUCCUAACCCCACUUCUGGGGAGGAUGAAUAAAUAAAAUAUUUUCAAGAUUAUUCCUGAUCAGUCACUAGGGCUGGUUUUUCUUGAAGGUCUCAGCUCCUGAUCAUUUCAGUGUUUCAAUGGGUAUCGUGGUCUUUGUUCUCAGGGUAUCUCCUGUAUCAUAUUUUGCUUCUGGAUACUGUUCAAAACGGAUACUGCAAUGCACAGGAGUGCUUUUGUUAGCUGGCUAAUAAAGGUGAUU